AUGUUCUUUGACUGUAGCAUGACGGCUCUGACUAUUGAUCGAAGGAUACUCCGAAGGUCGUAUCAAAGUCCUAGGUGGACCAUGCGGCGCCUGAAUAGACCCUACAAGGCCAUUCAGUCAUCAGAACUGAAUAGCAGGCCUGACCAACACACAGAAACAGUUGUGGCCAAGGAAGAACGACAGGCAUAA